AUGCAAAAGAUAUGGCUCUCAGGUGAUAAGAAAUUAUUACUGACAAAUACAGUGGUGACAUCCUCAUUACUCGGCAUAUCCGAUACAUUACAGCAGUGGAUUAGCGGUGAUUACAAUAGUUCUGAUCAAAACAAAUCGUUCAAUGUUACAAGGACAAGACUUGCACUACUGGAGGGUAAUUCGAUUGCCGAAGCUAUCGCUGAAUAUCGAAGAAAAUUCAUUCGAAUAUUUUUGGUUUGUCAUGCCAAUUUGAAUUGUUAA